UCAAAGGAAUUUUGCUACGAGGACCUCUGGUUCUGGUAGAAGAAGGGGGUCGCGGUUUACGGGAUACCUGUACGAUAAACGUGAUGGCCGGCGACUCCUGUCUGCCGCAUCUCCUAGAGAUGUUACCCUGAACCUCAUCCAUGGCGGAGGUGCUCUGUUUGGCAGAGCAGAGGAAGAUGCUGUUGAAGUAGACCCUUCUGGAGGAGAGGUGUUAGAAGGCGAAGAAGCAGGAGGGGAACAAGGUGAAGAAGUUGAGGCAGGUCAUCAUGAAGAUGCCCUCCAGGAAGGUGAAGGAGAAAACGACGUAGAAGAAGUAGAGGUCCUGGACCAGCCAGAAGCGCGAAGUAAUACUAGCAACAAGCCGAUCCUCUACUAUGUUGGAGGCGCUGCGGAAGGAAAAAGCGCCUCGAGUCCCAUCUACCAAGACGACGAACAACAAGCAGUAGUAGAACAUUCAGAUUAAGGCUAUUUUUCUCAUCUCAUCAACGAACAGCGUUCUUUUAUUUUUAUCCAGUUGUCUCUAUUUCGAGAAGCAGAAAGGCCCACUUAUCUUCUUUCUAACGCUAAAAAGAACUAGUAGAGACUAUAUCAACUUCGACUUCGAGAACAUCAACCAGAAAAACUCAUUCGGUUAGGCAGAGCUCCUCCUCCAGUACAAUCUCUAAAUAGAACAAGCUCCACAGGCAGACGAUGGCCCUCUACGAUGGAGCCAGAUAAUGGAUUUGAUUCAGCAGGAACCUCCUGUAACUACAACUCAGCGCCAAAGGGUGCAAGAGCCUAAAAGAGGUGGAUUUGAUCAUCAUAAUCGAUCGACAUCAACUUAAGGCUCAAGAACGUGAGAAUAACAGGACAAGAACUAUAUGAUAUAACUAGCUAAGUCAAGUAAAAAUAGUAAUGUCAUUUAGAUUUAGUAAUGCAAAUGCGGUGAUGAAAAUAGAAGCUUUUACUUUUGAAUUACUAUUUAUCACAACUACAAUUUUGAAUUGUUCUGGUAUUUGGUAACCUGAUUUUGAUCACAAGGAUUCCCUUAUGAUCAAAAUCAGGUUACCAAAUACCAGAACCAUCCAAAUUUUCACUCGCCGCGUCAGGAGAAGCUCCGCGCUAAUGAUGAGUGUUAAGUACUAGAAAAGUGCGAAAAUCUCCUCUAAUGAAGACUGUUAAGCAGGAGAGGCCGUUCCGUCGAAAUGGUGGACGAUGUUGAUGAAGAGCUAGUUCCAGAAUUACCAUUAAAGCAAACGGAAGCUGAUGCUGUCCGUGCCGCGUAUCUUCAUUCUCGUAAGCACUUUCAUCCGCAGCCAACUAAUAUGCCUCGUUUAGACAUCACUCAUAGCGCUCCUGUUGAAGAAGUCGAAGAAGAUCCAGCCAGUACUAGAG